GAAAGCUACACCGAACACAUUUCGAAGAAGAAGUGGCUCCUUUCCUCCUCAAAAUUAUUGUUUAAUUUCAAAGUCAGAAACCUUCAGCCCGAGUGAAAAAUACAUAAGGCGCACAUUAGGAGUGACCUUAAUGCAGAAUGAGUUUGUUUGGAGCAAACUCAAGUUUUGGAACCGGAGGGACUGGAGUUUUUGGAAGCACGACGACAGACAGCCAUAACCCCAUGAAGGAUGUGGAAGUGACAUCACCACCAGAUGACAGUAUUAGCUGUCUGGCCUUCAGUCCUCCAACCAUGCCUGGAAACUUCCUUAUUGCAGGAUCCUGGGCUAACGAUGUUCGAUGUUGGGAGGUGCAGGACAACGGACAGACUGUCCCCAAAGCCCAACAGAUGCACACAGGUCCAGUGCUGGAUGUGUGCUGGAGUGAUGAUGGGAGCAAAGUCUUCACUGCGUCUUGUGACAAAACAGCCAAGAUGUGGGAUCUGAACAGCAACCAAGCGAUGCAGAUUGCRCAGCAUGAUGGUCCAAUUAAAUCGAUCCACUGGAUAAAAGCCCCCAACUACAGCUGUGUCAUGACGGGCAGCUGGGAUAAAACACUGAAGUUUUGGGACACCCGCUCUCCCAACCCCAUGAUGUCCCUGCAGAUGCCUGAGAGAUGCUACUGUGCAGACGUUGUGUACCCCAUGGCGGUGGUAGCCACAGCUGAGAGAGGCCUUAUAGUGUAUCAGCUAGAGAACCAGCCCUCUGAGUUUCGCCGAAUAGACUCUCCUCUCAAACAUCAGCACCGUUGUGUCGCCAUAUUCAAGGACAAGCAGAACAAGCCCACAGGUUUUGCACUUGGAAGCAUUGAGGGCCGAGUGGCGAUUCAUUACAUCAACCCUCCAAACCCAGCCAAAGAUAACUUCACCUUCAAGUGCCACAGGUCCAACGGAACCAACACAACCACUCCACAGGAUAUUUAUGCUGUGAAUGCCAUCUCCUUCCAUCCGGUCCAUGGCACCCUGGCCACUGUGGGCUCAGACGGACGCUUCAGCUUCUGGGACAAAGACGCUCGCACCAAGUUGAAGACGUCGGAGCAGCUCGACCAGCCCAUCACCGCUUGCUGCUUCAACCACAACGGCAACAUCUUUGCCUACGCCUCCAGUUACGACUGGUCAAAGGGCCACGAGUACUACAACCCCCAGAAGAAGAACUACAUCUUUCUGAGGAACGCUGCAGAGGAGCUGAAGCCUCGGAACAAGAAAUGAUUCAACGUGCCAAUCGCGUCUCUUGUGAGGAAAUGCAGAAGACCUGCUGCUUUACUGUGUGUGUAAGCGCUCGACAUAAACCCCCCUUGCUUUCAACAAAUUCCCGGACCAAUGCUGUGGCGCUGCUGCGCAUGGACCAAUCAAAGGGGCCCAUCCAACCUGGUGUCGAUGACAGCUGCAUGAUUAUCGGUCUUACAAGUCAUCAUAAAGGGGCAUGGUUUUAUUCGUUCAUCUUGAUGUAUGCAUUCUUAUUGUGUUCGGCUCGUUUUCUCCACCUUCUUCACAGUUUUACAAAGUUAUUUUUCAUUUUUUUAUGACUAGUUGUGUCUGGUGUCAUAGCUCCAUUAAAGUUAUUGAGAUUCAAAAGAAGUGCAAACUUAAA